GGUGGACAGAGGUGGGCUCUGGGAAAACAGAGCUGUCCAGAGUCAGGAACUUGUUUGUUAAUCUGUGGAGAGGGAGGCUCCAGCUCUGAGGGCUGAACAAAUAUUUGCUGUUAUGGAUUAACUUGAGUUCCAGGCUGUCAUGGCGGCAGGAGGACGAUCUGGCUGUUUUUGCACGGCCCACCCCAGUGUCAGCAACUUCAGAAUGUGGCCGCUUGCAAGCCUUGUACUGCUGCUGACCCUCUGGGGAAUUUCCGGCACACCUGCUUCUCUUGACUCAGUGUUCUACAGCAGUGAGAGUGCCCACCAGGUGCUGCGCAUCCGCAAACGUGCCAACACCUUCCUGGAGGAGCUCCGGGCCAGCAACCUGGAGCGGGAAUGCAUCGAGGAGAUCUGUGACUUCGAGGAGGCCCAAGAGAUUUUCCAAGAUGUGGAUAAAACUCUGACUUUUUGGUCUAAAUACCAUGACGAGGAUCAGUGCUCAACAACGCUCCAGGAGCACCCGUGCCACAGCCCAUGCUGUGGCCAUGGCAGGUGCAUCGACGGCAUCGGUGGCUUCAGCUGCGACUGCAACCAGGGCUGGGAGGGACGCUACUGCGCACACGAGGUGCGCUUCUCUAACUGCUCCAUAGACAACGGAGACUGCGCGCACUAUUGCCUGGAGGAGUCGGGUCACCGCCGCUGCAAGUGCGCGCCUGGCUAUCAGCUAGCGGAAGAUGGCUUGCAGUGCCAGCCCACAGUAAAGUUCCCUUGUGGGAAGCCAGUUAAACAAGUCGAGAGACGUCGUAAGAACCUGAAGCGUGACACAGAACAAGCAGAACAGAUGGAUCCACGACUUAUCAUGGGGAAGAUGACUAAAUGGGGUGAUAGCCCCUGGCAGGUGAUCCUGCUGGACUCAAAAAAGAAGCUGGUCUGUGGAGCAGUGCUCAUCCAUACGUUCUGGGUGCUGACAGCGGCCCACUGCUUUGAAAACACGAAGAAACUCACUGUCAGGCUAGGGGAGUAUAACCUGCGGCGCUGGGAGAACACGGAGGUGGACAUAAAUAUCCAGGAGAUCUUCAUCCACCCCAACUACAGCCAGAAAACCACAGACAACGACAUAGCGCUGCUCUACCUAGCACAGCCCGCCCCGCUCUCGCAAAACAUUGUGCCCAUCUGCCUCCCCGACAAAGGCCUCUCGGAGCGUGAGCUCACGCAGGUGGGCCAGGAGACGGUGGUGACCGGCUGGGGCUUCCGCAGCGAGACCAGCAAGAACCGCACCUCCAUACUCAACUUCAUCCAGAUUCCCGUGGCAUCGCACAGCGAGUGCAUCCAGGUCAUGCAAAACCGAGUCACGGAGAACAUGCUUUGCGCAGGCAUCCUGGGGGACCCUCGGGAUGCCUGUGAGGGCGACAGUGGGGGUCCUAUGGUUGCCGCUUUCCAGGACACUUGGUUCUUGGUGGGCCUGGUGAGUUGGGGCGAGGGCUGUGGGCGCCUGCAUAACUAUGGUGUCUACACAAAAGUCAGCCGCUACCUUGACUGGAUCCAUGACCACAUCAGAACCAAGGAGCACCAAUUCCAGAACCAGUCCGGCUAAUGCCCCUCAUGCUGGCCCUGCACCACUUUUGGAAUGGGGGCUGGGCUGUUGAAUGACAGUAUGUGGGGGCAUUAAAGGGAUC